ACCUCUUUGUUCCAAUGCUGAGACGUGGCUAGCUCUGUUCUAGGUCCUGAUCCUGAUGCUCGUGGGCAAAAGGCUAGCACACCAAGAAACAGGAGUCUCUGGUCCCUGAAGGCACUCCAGGCCCCUGGGUCACAAGCUUCGCAUGACCCUCUGAUUGGGGUCAAGCAUGUCUGGUGCUUGCCAAGCCUCUGAAAUCUCCCAGCCCUCAUUUGGACGCUUCUCAAGCCAAACCAGGCUCCGGACCACUGGUUGGGCAACCGGUGACCUCAGACUGGGUCAGACCUAUCAGGGAUCCUGGUAGCUCAUGUCCAAAGAAAGCGACUCUCUGAGAACCAGCCCUUCUGUGGCCUCACUCUCUGAAAAUGAGCUGCCGCCACCUGAGCCUCCUGGCUACGUGUGCUCGCUGACAGAAGAACUGGUCACCAAAGCCCGGGAAGAACUGCAGGAGAAGCCAGAAUGGCGACUUCGGGAUGUGCAGGCCCUGCGUGACAUGGUACGGAAGGAGUACCCGAACCUUAGCACGUCCCUUGACGACGCCUUCCUGCUGCGCUUCCUCCGAGCCCGCAAGUUUGAUUACGACCGGGCCCUGCAGCUCCUAGUCAACUAUCACAGCUGCAGGAGGAGCUGGCCUGAAGUCUUCAAUAACCUGAGGCCAUCAGCCUUAAAAGAUGUCCUCGCUUCCGGAUUCCUCACAGUGCUGCCUCACACUGACCCCAGGGGCUGCCACGUCCUCUGCCUCCGCCCAGACAGAUGGAUACCGAGCAACUAUCCAAUUACUGAAAACAUCCGAGCCGUAUACUUGACGUUAGAAAAACUCAUUCAGUCUGAAGAAACCCAGGUGAAUGGAAUUGUAAUUCUUGCGGACUACAAAGGAGUGAGCUUAUCAAAAGCAUCUCAUUUUGGCCCUUUUAUAGCCAAGAAGGUGAUUGGCAUCCUCCAGGAUGGUUUCCCCAUUCGGAUAAAAGCAGUGCAUGUAGUGAAUGAACCGCGAAUAUUUAAAGGCAUUUUUGCCAUCAUAAAACCAUUUCUGAAGGAGAAAAUAGCAAACAGAUUCUUCCUCCACGGGUCUGACUUGAACUCUCUCCACACAAACCUUCCUAGAAGCAUUCUCCCCAGAGAGUAUGGGGGCACAGCUGGAGAGCUGGACACUGCCACCUGGAAUGCAGUACUACUGGCCUCAGAAGAUGACUUUGUCAAAGAGUUCUGCCAGCCUGCUCCUGCCAGCGACAGCAUCCUGGACCAGGCGCUGCUGCCUGAGGGACUGACCUCAGAUGCACAGUGUGAUGACUCCAUGCGAGCUGUUAAAUCACAGCCGUACUCCUGUUACUAGGUAGUCCCCUGUGUAACCAUCUGUAAGACCUUUUUUCUUUUGAGAGGCACAAGGAGAACUUAAGGUGCCAAGGAUUCGGUCUUGUGCCUUGUAAUUAAACUGCAGCAUGGAGGAACAGCCCUCGAGAUUUGAAGGUUAGCCAGUCAUGGGUUACUUGAAUCAUUCCAUGGAAGACAUGGAACAUGUCCCCGGUGAUUCCCAAACAUUUGGAAUCCCAGUUUGUAACUAUUAAUCAGGAAGCUGUAUCUGGAUUUUUUUGUUUUUUUUUUUUGUAGAGACAGAGUCUCAUUGUACCGUCUUCCGGUAGAGUGCCGUGUCGUCAUACGGCUCACAGCAACCUCUAACUCUUGGGCUUACGCGAUUCUCUUGCCUCAGCCUCCCGAGCAGCUGGGACUACAGGCGCCCACCACAACGCCCGGCUAUUUUUCUGUUGCAGUUUGGCCGGGGCUGGGUUUGAACCUACCACCCUCGGCAUAUGUGGCCGGCGCCCUACUCACUGAGCCACAGGCGCCGCCAGUAUCUGGGUUUUUUAAAAUCUGUUUUUAUGCAUCUUGGAAACAAGAAAAAUCAGGAACAAAGUCACUUUGGUCCCACUUUCAAGAAAACCACCUGAUUGGCCAGUCAGCUCUGCUCCUAUGAAAACGUUUGGGCUAAGCCUGCAAAGUGGCCUAAUGUGUGGCUCUGGGAGUUUGUCUUUUACAUGAACUCUGACCACAGACCUUGGUUGCUCAUUAGGAAAUUCCAUGUUUGAGACCCCAGCUACUAUUACUGGGUUUGGAAAACACCUUCACUGGACAUCAGCACAGCAUCAGGACAUCAGCAGCACCACCUGAUCAAAUUUGGAAACCUGAGACUUCAAAGCACCUCUGGGAUUCAUUGGUUGAAUCUUGCAAUAGAAACUUAAGUUUUCCCAAACCCAGAAAGCCUUAGCCCUGGUUCUCAAUAGAAUCAUACAGGGUCCUAGAAGUAUAUGAUCUUACUCAAUCUAAAAUACUGGAUUCCAGGUGUAUAAAAGUAUUCAGCCUAGGAAUCAGAGAUCCGGACCAUAGGCAUGCAACUAUGGACAAAACCUCUGUGGGCCUCAGCUUUCUCAAAAAUGUAUAAAAUGAGGUGGGUGAGAUGACGUCUAGGGCCCAUCUGGCUGCUGAGGUUCUGGGAUUUGGUUUAGUUACUGAAUGUUAGAUUUUCUGUCUAGAAAAACACUAUCUAGAUACAAGUAGUUGGAUUCCUGUUUUUCUGUGGUACACAUAGGCCUUUCCAUGAAGAAUGUGUCACCAUUUGGCUUUGACUGCAAAGAAACUAGUAUAUGUAUUCCUGGAACUCAUUGAUACCAAUAUCCUUUGAGUAGUGAUGGUUAAACUUCAAAAGAUGGCUUUUGUGAGGCCAGGUGAAAUGAUCAUGAUCUUGAAUGAGCCUUUCCAUCCCUGAGACUCUGGUAGUAUAUUAUAAACCUGACUAUAGUGGUUACAUUC